AUGAAUGAUGAUGUCGUUGUUGUUGGUGUUGAUGGUGGUCGUAUUGGUUGUGGUGUUCGUGGUGGUGGUGGUGGUGGUGUUCGUGGUGUUAGUGUGUGUGUUGCUAUUGUUGUUAUGAAUGAUGAUGUCGUUGUUGUUGGUGUUGAUGGUGGUCGUAUUGGUUGUGGUGUUCGUGGUGGUGGUGGUGGUGGUGGUGUUCGUGGUGUUAGUGGUGUGAAAGUGGUAUUGUAG